ACUGAGACGGGACAUGCUCCCGGAAAUGACAUCUAUAAUUGUGCUGGGUAUCACCAUCCUCAGCUGAAUUCAAGAUGUGUAGCAACAGUUAGUGGUUUCCUACACUGCAUAAUGCAGGCCGACUUUGAUAUAAAGUUUUUUGAAAAUAUCACAAACGGCAGGAUUCUGCACAGGUGGGAGGGUUUGGGCGAAAGUUUGGCUCCGUAUUCGCACGAUGCUAUCGUUACCUUCCGUGCAUCGGCUAUCUUAUAUUGA